UCGUGACAAACAACUGGAAUGCUGAAUGGCUCUUUGUUCCUAUUUCUUACGAGACUGAUCUCAGGAACUCAGAAGUUCCUCAUGUCCAGUCCGGUUUGUCUGAGAAGUUUGUAAUGAGUGGAGUGAUCACAAGGCACAGUGUCAAACUGUCGGCUAAAAAUACUCGCGCCGAGCCAAGGAUGAAUAGGACAGAGAUAUAAAUAAAUAAAUCUGAGUUCCUCAUUAUUAGAACUACUCUCAUUAGAGAGUCAGCAUUAGUUGAUCCUGAACGUUGCAAUUGUUCACUAGUAUUUCUAUUUUAUUUAUUAAUAAUAUUAUUUUUUUGUUCGAAUUAAAGCGCUCGUUAGUUUUCAAAUUGCAGAAUCGGAUGAGUCUCAUGUUGAAUUGUGUAUGAGGUAAUUACCGGUGGAACAAUCCAUCAAUUGCUAACCAACUGGUGACACUAAACAUAUGUGGAUAAAGUUUAGAUAAAAAAUGUAGAUGCUUAGUAAAGAAUUUCCAGAGUCAGUCUAGUCUAGCGAUUCAAAAAACAAAGAUGACGACCAAAUCUAUUAUUUUAUUCGUGUUGACACUGUUAGUGACGAAAUAUGUUGAGUCCGUGACAGUGACUGAAGUUAAGGCCGGGCACUUGGCGGAAUUGCCCUGUCUUAGUAGCGAUGACCAUCAUCGAUUCAUGUUUUGGCAAUUGUCAGACGAUAAAAAUAUUAUAGGCCCUGGGAAUCCGCUCGACCACCAAAAGUACAAUUAUGAGGUCCUUACUGGAAAGCUUCUCAUCCGGGGAGUCUCGACAGCAGAAUCUGGUUUUUACAAAUGUGUUUCCCGAGGGAUCCGGGACAACUCGGCAAUUAAUAUACACGUCGUGGAAUUAGUCGUGCAGAAGGAGAUGAACCUUGAAAGCGAUUUUGAGACGAAUCUUCUUCGAGGAAUGACUGUAGCGAUGGUUCUGUUUGUCAUAGUCGCUGUCGUCCUUUUAUGUAUCACUUACAAGAAGCAGAGAAACCACAGAUUAUUCGAGAUGGACGAGUCUCGAGAGAGCUCACCUGCGAAAUACAACGACAAAAUUCAAAACACGACAGCAAUCCCUGUUUCGAGUACUUCUUCCGGGACUCAUGGCGUCGACAACUCGGGCCUGGAUGUAGAUUUUCCAAAAGUUUUCAUACAAAUGCAGAGAGAACAGGCCAUUCCCUAAUGUAGAAUUUGUAGAAACCCGUCGAUAAAGAGAAUCAUUUGUGUAUGGAUGCGUCUGCACGCGGGCAGAAUGAAAUUGCAGUAAGAAGGCUAACCAGGCUGUGUAGUUGAGUUAUUCAUUGUUGAAGCUAAACUGUAUAUAUCUUUCGUAUUUUAAUUUUAUCAUUAAACGCAUUUUAAUUAUA